UUGAGUUUGGUUAAUGUGCAGCUCUGGUGAGAAGAAAUAAAAUAAAGCAAAAGGGUGAAGCAAGAACAAAGAAAACCAAUCUUUUAAAAACAGCAGAAUGUAAAUAUGGUGUGUUUUGAAAUUAGUUAGUAUAUGCGAAGACUUGUAUUAAUAUCGGCGUCUUUUCCAAACAGACACUAUGCAUAAAUAUCAAUCCAAACCCAACAAACAAAAUAACAAUCAGCACAAACACAACACAAUCACCUUUUCUUUUUCUUUUGUUCUUCUUUCUCGUCUACCAAACACUACACACCAUCCGUCAUCAUCAUGAUUUUCUUAUUUUAGUCUACCCUUUGUCACUUCACUCUUCCUCUUUUUUUUUUUUUUUUUUUUAAGUGGCGGAGGAAGAUAGAUUACAUAACAUAACAUGGAUCAUCUUCACCACCAUCACACCCGCUUGGUUGGUGACUACAUCCUGGGUCCAAGAAUCGGGUCGGGUUCUUUUGCUGUUGUUUGGUUAUCCAGGCACCGUAAUUCUGGUACUGAAGUUGCAGUUAAGGAAAUUGACAAGAAGUUGCUUAGUCCUAAAGUCAGUGAAAGUUUGCUUAAAGAAAUUUCCAUACUCAGUACUAUCAAUCAUCCCAACAUUAUCCGCCUCUUUGAGUCCAUUGAGAAUGAAGAUAGGAUAUUUCUUGUAUUGGAGUACUGUGAUGGAGGUGAUCUUGCGGCUUAUGUUCAUCGUCAUGGGAAAGUAUCGGAGGCUGUGGCUAGACACUUUAUGAGGCAAUUGGCUGCUGGGUUGCAAGUGCUUCAAGAAAAUCAUCUUAUCCACAGGGACUUAAAACCACAGAACCUGCUUUUGUCUUCAAAUGAAGAAACUCCACGACUGAAGAUAGGGGAUUUUGGUUUUGCAAGGUCGUUGACGCCCCAAGACUUGGCUGAUACGCUUUGUGGUUCGCCGCUGUACAUGGCUCCAGAGAUUAUUCAGAAUCAGAAGUAUGAUGCGAAGGCUGACCUAUGGAGUGUUGGAGCUAUUUUGUUCCAGCUGGUGACUGGGAAACCACCAUUUGAUGGCAAUAGUCAAUAUCAGCUUUUCCAAAAUAUUUUGACAUCCACUGAGCUGCGAUUUCCCCAAGGUGCUUUGGAGGAGUUACAUCCAGAUUGUUUGGAUCUGUGCAGAAGCCUUUUACGCCAAAAUCCAGUUGAGCGACUAACAUUCAAGGAAUUCUUCAAUCACAAGUUCCUUGGGGAGCCAAGGUUAGAGAUGGACCCUGAGCAGGAAUCUUUGGUUCAAGAAACGAAAUCAGUGGUUGAGCAGCUUGAUUCUUCUGGUUCUGAUGAGAGGUCUCUGUUGCAUUCAGAGCAUCCCAUGCACUCAACUGGCAGAAAUGCAAAAUUAUCCAGUUCAUUUGUGCAUGAUGAUGUAGUGCAUGCAAAAGUUCAUGGUAGUAUAUCUGGAACUGAAAGUGUUCAUAGUUCUUUGCCAAUUUUUGCUCAUGAUAGGACUAGGAGAAUGAUUGAUGGAAGCCAAUGCCCAUCAGAUCACCAUAGAGUUGCUGAUUCAGCGGAGUCCAUUGAGAGAGAUUAUGUUCUAGUUAACUGUCAUUUUGGUUCAAUGGAGAAUUUAUCCUAUUACUCCGAAACAUCCUUGCAAGGUAACUCCACUACUAGAGUUUUUGUUUGCCCGCCAAAGAAGAAUAACCAGGAUGUGGCAGUUGCUCCACUAACAAAGCAGUGUGCUGCUAGUUCUGUUGAUAGUGCAAAAAAUCCUGUAAUAUAUGGAUCAGAUCCAUUAGCUGCAUCACGUGCAUCAACUAUAUUAAUGGAAGUGCAAGGACAAUCCAGACUGACUCCAUCAGCUAGUCUCCAUUUGUUAAAUCGAUAUGUUCAAGCUGUUGCAGAGCUAGCCCAGGAAAAGCACAAUGCAGGAUUGUUUCUGGAAUCAUUUUCAGUUGAACUAGUUGUUUUGGCCAUAUGGAAGAAAGCUCUUCAUAUUUGCAACUCCUGGCUGGCCUCAAGUGCAGGAAGUGAAUUACCUGAAAGCAGUUCAGCUAAUGAGUCGAAUCCUGAUCAUGGUGGCAGAGCAAAUAAAAUGGAUUUAGACAGACCUUCAUCUGCCUGCAAGUGGGCGGAGCAAGAAUUUGUUGCGGCAUAUAAUCGUGCAGAGAAGUUAUCGGACCACAUAAGUAAUAUGGAUGCUGCUGCUCAGAUGCCCGAUGCCAUGGAAAUAAUAUUCCAAAAGGCUCUUGCUGUUGGGACUAGCGCUGCUGUAGACGAGUAUAUGGAGAACAGGGGCAGUGCUGCAAUCUCUUACUCCAAAGCAAUGCUUCUACUUUCUUUUGUUGUGGAAGAAGCAGCAUCUCUGCCACUGAAUCCUCCAUUUCUAUUAACCCCUGCCAAUAAGAAACGAAUACAGAACUACAUAAUGAAUUUGCAGUCCCAUCAAUCUUACUUCUAAUUGAGCAACAACCUCCUGAUAUCCACACCAAGUAUGUCUCUGUGUGUGUGUGUGUGUGUGUGUGUGUAUAUAUAUAUAUGGUGUAUAGCUAUUUUGAGAAACGACUUUAAUUGCUGAUAGUCCCUGCAAAUCACCGGUCAGAUGUGGCAUGCAAUUCCGAACUUCUGCAUGUUCAAGUGGAUAGUUGACAUGACUAAGCGAGCACUUUGACAUAUAUUGGAUAGAAUUGUAAAUGAGACUCUGGGCAUCCAAAUUACGAUGAUAUUGACAUGUUUCGAUGAAGCUUUUGUUGUUGUUACUAUUUUUUUAUCAUGUAAAAUUAUAAACAACUGUAAAUAUGAAUGUAAGUUCUACAGUCUUUCCUUUA